AUGGCUGCAAUUCGUUCCAUGUCUCGCCUCCUUUUCUCCAGGUCUCUACAAACCACUGCAAGAAGAGGAUAUGCAGACCAAAUGAAUUUUACCUUUGCUGCUGGAAACCAGGUCUUUUACAAUGCAAUGUCUGUUAAACAAGUAGAUGUUCCAUCCUUCUCAGGUAGUUUUGGUAUCUUACCUGCGCAUGUUCCUACUCUUGCUGUUCUCAAACCUGGAGUAGUUACCGUUUAUGAAGACAGUGGCAAAGUUAAUAAAAUAUUUGUAUCCAGUGGAACAGUCACAAUCAAUGAUGACUCAUCAGUUCAGAUUUUAGCAGAAGAAGCUCAUCCUGUAGAAAAUUUAGAUGUUAAUGCAGCCAGAGAUAUCCUCACUAAAGCUCAAAGUCAGUUAUCAUCAGCAGGCACAGAUCAGGCUAGAGCUGAAGCCGCCAUUGCCAUUGAAGUAGGAGAAGCGUUGGUAAAGGCUGCUGAAUAG